AUGAUCCGGUGUCAGAUGGCGAUAGAGUCUGACAUGCACAGGGGUAUAGAAGCUCCUCCGAUGGGUCUGUUUAUCCAGUGGCCUGUUAGCAAUGGGGCCCUAAAGAACCAUUUUGAUUCAGAAUUCAGAGAACGCAGUCCUAACAGUCAACAGGCAGCUAGACAGUCCCAAAUAACACCAGACUCUUAUCAUGAGAAGCACAGGGACCAUCUGGAUGAUGGUAAGCAUCAAGACAUGUACAGCAAAGGCCACCCGUACCCCAGUUACCCAGGAUACAUCAUGAUGACCAAUAUGAACAAUGAACCCUACAUGAACAACGGUGCUCUCUCGCCUCCCAUUCACAGAACGUCAAAUAAGGUGCCAGUGGUCCAGCCGUCCCAUGCCGUUCACCCCCUCACCCCUCUGAUCACAUACAGCGAUGAGCACUUCGCACCUGGCCCACACUCGGGACAUCACCCACAGGACAUCAAUUCCAAGCAAGGUAUGCCCAGGCAUCAUCCUGGACCGGACAUUCCCAAUUUCUACUCCCUUUCCCCUGGGGGAGUUGGACAGAUGACCCCUCCUCUGGGAUGGUUCUCUCAUCACAUGGUACCAGGCCCUCCUGGACCCCAUGCCACGGGAAUCCCCCAUCCCGCCAUUGUCAACCCACAGGUGAAACAUGAACCACAGCACGAAGACAUGAUGCACAUGAAACCUCAUCAUGACCAGAGAAAGGAGCAGGAGCCCAAAAGACCUCACAUUAAGAAACCUCUAAACGCUUUCAUGCUGUAUAUGAAAGAGAUGCGUGCCAAUGUGGUGGCCGAAUGCACACUGAAGGAGAGCGCCGCGAUCAAUCAGAUCCUCGGGCGGAGGUGGCAUGGUUUAUCUCGGGAAGAGCAAGCUAAGUAUUACGAAUUAGCCCGCAAGGAACGGCAGCUCCAUAUGCAGCUUUACCCAGGAUGGUCUGCCAGAGACAAUUAUGGAAAGAAAAAGAAGCGGAAGCGGGAAAAGAUCCAGGAACCUGCUUCAGGAGGAAAACAGACUUCUUUUUCCUCUUGCAAAGCAAAGACAGCAGCUACAGGCCCCCUUUUAGAGAUGGAAGCCUGCUAGAUUCCUCAACCUUUCACCCCUCCGUCACUUCUUGACCCCUGCGGAAUCUCCAGAGGGUCCCGGUCCUUGAAUCUGCUCCUCGGCUGCAGGCGCUGCUGUAGAGACGUUGAACUGAGAACAGACAAUCACCAACACAGGCCCUCACACAGACCCGUGAACACUCGUUUGAACGUUCCUUUUUGUUUUCUGUCCUUAAUUCACUCCCGAAGCCGAAGGCGUUGCACUGAUUAUGUUCCUCGACCAUUUGUAAAGCGCACAUAUGGCCACAUGUAAACAAACACAUACGUUCCUACACCUGUUCCUAAGUUAUUCUAAGUUAUUUGGCACCUCUGUCUUCUGUGUGUUCACUACGUCACUCCCUUACUUCCUUUUGUGUCCCCAAAAAUGUAGCAACACAAGGGCCCGACACACCUCACGGCGUUCUAUCGCAACAUUUUAGGGAUCACACAUUGCCCUGGAAACAAUCUCCGUAGGUUGGGUUUUGCAUUAUGACGCAUUGGUGCAAAAAGGAUCAAUGUAUUGAUUUCUCCUCAAACAUCUUGGGUUCAAGUUUAUUUUGAAUGCUUUUUUAUUAUUCUUUAUUUUGAUUUC